CAUGGGAAAGGUGAGGGUGUCUGGUGAGGCUCACAUCACGUCCUUUAUCCUUUCCAAGGGAGGAACAAGGAACAGGGAAAGUGAUGAACAAAGCACACAAUGACACCAGUCUGGCAGUAGGUGAUAAAGGAGAGCAGUGGGGAGCUCAGAGCUAUCCAGCUUCUAAUUGAGGACUCCACUGCGAGCUGAGCGGGAACAGCCCCUUGCCAUGAGCGAGGCCCCAGAGGCACGGAAUGCUCCCGGGGCCGAUGGCUGAGGGAGCCUCGGCGGCUGCUGCUGGAGGAGCGAGAAACGCACAAGGAGCAUUUCAGGCGCUGCAAGGACAGGGCAUUGCUCUGCCUGCUCCCGCCGCUGCUGCCUUUGCCCCCGCCCAGAGUCGCUCCCGGCAGCUCCGUUCUCUCGGGGCUGCCGCGCGCUUUCGGACUCUUCCUCACUCAGCAAACACGCAGCUCGCUCUCGGCAUGCACCUCGCAUGUCUCAUCCUCAGCGUCCUGCUGGCCCAGCUCCUGGGUACCUCGGGGCAGGACACGGUCACCCAGAAAGAUGGAACCGUCACGGUGAAGCAGGGACACCCCUUCCACACCACCUGCAAAUACCAGAACACUAAUUUUGGGGGAUUGCUCUGGUACCAGCUGCAGAAAGGCCAAGCCCCACAGCUGCUCUCCUAUCAAGUAGGGUCUGGCCGCAAGCACAGUGGCCGGAUCACCACGUACCUGAACACCACGGGCAAAUCCAGUGUCCUGCAGCUGGAGGAAGUGGAGCUCUCUGACAGUGCCUUGUACCUCUGUGCUCUGCAAGACACCCUGGUGCAGGGAGCUGCCUCGGCUGUGCAAGAACCCCGGGCAGGGAGGGGAUGUGUCAGGGCAAGGCUGAGCUUGGGGAAGGGACCCUGAUCUCAGCCCUAAUGCUCUCAAGAAUUUGCAUUCAGCAUGUGUACAAUAGUCUGGUGGAUUUGUCUAUGUCCAUACAAGCAGUUCCCCAGUGGACAUUUUUUUGGACUAUUUUGACUCAUUUCCACAUUGUGCAGUCCCUAAUAAAAAAAAGUAUCCCCUGUG